CGGAGCCAUGGUGAUCAUGUCCGAGUUCGGCGCGGCCCCCGCGGGCCAGGGCCAGCAGAAGCCGCUCAGGGUGGGCUUCUACGACGUGGAGCGGACCCUGGGCAAGGGCAACUUCGCCGUGGUGAAGCUGGCCCGGCACCGAGUGACCAAAACACAGGUUGCAAUAAAAAUAAUCGAUAAGACACGGUUAGAUUCAAGUAACUUGGAGAAAAUCUACCGGGAGGUUCAAAUCAUGAAGCUUCUGAAUCACCCGCACAUCAUAAAGCUGUACCAGGUGAGCCGCAGCCGGGGUGCCCUCCUGGGGCGUGGGGGCCGCGCCCGGUGCUCCACAGAUUACCUGACCUCCCACGGGCGCCUGGGCGAGGACGCGGCGCGGAAGAAGUUCCGGCAGAUCCUGUCGGCCGUGGAGCACUGCCACAGCCUGCACAUCGUGCACCGGGACCUCAAGACCGAGAACCUGCUGCUGGACGCCAACAUGGACAUCAAGCUGGCAGAUUUUGGAUUCGGGAACUUCUACAAGUCGGGGGAGCCCCUGUCCACCUGGUGCGGGAGCCCCCCGUACGCGGCCCCGGAGGUCUUCGAGGGGGGCCGGGGGGCAGCUCGGGGUAGGGGGCGGCGCCCUGGAGCCCUGAGUCACCAGCCCACAUCUGCCCCGCAGCCCCUGCUCCUCCCCACGGACGGCGGCUGCAGCGCAGGGCCCCAGCAGCGCCCCCUGUCCCCCAGCAGCCUGCUGGACACCACCAUCAGCGAGGAGGCCCGGCAGGGCCCAGGCCUGGACGAGGAGCCGGAGGAGCCCUUGCCCGGCUGCACCGGCCGGAGACACACCCUGGCCGAGGUGUCCGCCUGCUGCGCCCCGCACGCCCCUCCCUGCAUCGUCGUGUCCUCCGCAGCCGGCCCCUCCGAGGGCACCAGCUCCGACAGCUGCCUCACCUUCUCGGCCGCCGGCGGCCCCUCCGCGCUCAGCAGAUGCCUGGCUGCCCACGGGCCGGUGGGCACCUGCCGCCCGCUCAGACUGGCCUCGCCACUCCUGGGGGCCCAGUCUGCCACCCCGGUGCUGCAGGCCCAGGGGAGCCUGGGCAUGGCCACCCUGCUCCCCGUCAGCUUCCAGGAAGGACGCAGGGCGUCGGACACCUCACUCACGCAAGGCCUGACCUUCCGGCAGCAGCUGAGGAAGGACGCCCGGGCCAAGGGGCUCCUGGGGCUGAACAAGAUC